GUUUAUAAAUGCGCCUUGUGACAAAGCCAGACAUUUAUCGCAGCACCUAUGGCAAUCCAGUUCAUAACUUCACUCAUUCAACAUUCAUCAAAAGUUUCGUGGUCAUUAUACGCCUUCAGCGUAGACAAUGUGGGACGAAUCCUAUCCUACACCACCGCUGCUAGGCAACCAAGGCAUCCCUCGCAUUCUAGUCACAGGAUCCCUGACGCCGCCUGGUGCGUCCAAUUAUCUAGUCGGCGUGAUCAAACAGCUAUCUAAUACCGUUAUAUCCGCGAUCCAGCGUACAAAGGCAGAUAUUAUCCAUGUGGAUGUAUCGGCGCCUGGGCCGCGGCCCAUUGACGCUCUGCGUAGGGUGGAUGGCCUUCUUGUGCUGGGGGGAGCUGAUAUCGACCCGACCUACUACGGACAGGUGCCCCAAGCUGACAACACGUAUGGCAUCCAUCCCAAAGCCAACAAAUUCGAGUUGACAGUUUUGGGAGCUGCCAUUGCCGGGGACUUGCCGGUGUUGGGUAUCUGUCGUGGCAUGCAACUCAUCAACAUUGCCUAUGGCGGAGAUAUGGUGCAGGAUAUCGGACCGGGUACGGUUCAUAAUAGUGACGAGGAGAAUGCAGUCAUGGUUACCCACCCCGUCUCAAUCGAGCCAGAGACGCAUCUUCAGACGAUUUAUGGCGACCGCACCCUGGCAACCGCACCCUAGCAGUCCGUUCCGGACACCAUCAAGCGGUAAGCCGCGUGGGGGAAGAACUGCGUGCUGCCGCUUACGCAGAGGAUGGUAUGGUGGAGGCUAUGGAAGGAAGGAAUAGAAGCUGGGUGGUCGGCGUAUAGUGGCAUCCGGAGGAUUCCGGUGCACCACAGGAGGAUCUUGAUUUACUCAUUACUGGGUUUUGCCAGAAAGCAAGGAUACUGUUGAAGGUAAACUGACCUGAUUUAAGCGUUUGAUUUUAUCCCUCUCGAUGUAAAAUAGUUUAUAAUUAAUUUAAAAGGCUGUUUUCUAUGUACUUCCUUUUUUAAUGCAGAUAUAGUUAUUAGUGG